CGCAGGGAUUGGCUUGCGGGCAGAUAAAGGUGGGACCGGGAAAGGAACCAUUGUGGUCUGGUCUGAAGAACUUGGCUGGCGCUCCUUGCUCUACCUGCGGCCUUCUUGCCCUACCAUGGCCGUGCCCGAGACCCGCCCCAACCACACUAUUUAUAUCAACAACCUCAAUGAGAAGAUCAAGAAAGACGAGCUGAAGAAGUCCCUGUACGCCAUCUUCUCCCAGUUUGGUCAGAUCCUGGAUAUCCUGGUGUCUCGCAGCCUGAAGAUGAGGGGCCAGGCCUUUGUCAUCUUUAAGGAGGUCAGCAGUGCCACCAAUGCCCUGCGCUCCAUGCAAGGUUUCCCCUUCUACGACAAGCCCAUGCGUAUCCAGUAUGCCAAGACCGACUCAGACAUCAUUGCCAAGAUGAAGGGUACUUUUGUGGAGCGCGACCGCAAGCGGGAGAAGAGGAAGCCCAAGAGCCAAGAGACGCCUUCUGCCAAGAAGGCUGUGCAGGGUGGGGCGGCAGCCCCGGUGGUGGGAGCUGUCCAGGGCCCUGUCCCGGGCAUGCCACCAAUGACUCAGGCUCCCCGCAUCAUGCACCACAUGCCGGGCCAGCCGCCCUACAUGCCGCCUCCUGGCAUGAUCCCGCCUCCAGGCCUCGCACCAGGCCAGAUUCCCCCUGGGGCCAUGCCGCCACAGCAGCUUAUGCCAGGGCAGAUGCCACCUGCCCAGCCUCUCUCGGAGAAUCCGCCCAAUCACAUCCUGUUCCUCACCAACCUGCCCGAGGAGACCAACGAGCUCAUGUUGUCCAUGCUUUUCAACCAGUUCCCUGGCUUCAAGGAGGUCCGCCUGGUGCCUGGGCGGCACGAUAUCGCCUUCGUGGAGUUUGACAACGAGGUGCAGGCAGGGGCUGCUCGCGACGCCCUGCAGGGCUUUAAGAUCACCCAGAACAAUGCCAUGAAGAUCUCCUUUGCCAAGAAGUAGCACCUUUUCCCCAGGCCUGCCCCUGCCCCUGUUCUGGGGCGCCCCCUCCCCUCUUUGGCUCAGUCCCUGAAGGUAAGUCCCCCUUUGGGGGCCUUCUUGGAGCCGUGUGUGAAUGCGUGGUCGCCACACAGCAUUGUACCCAGAGUCUGUCCCCAGACAUUGCACCUGGCGCUGUUAGGCUGGAAUUAAAGUGUUUUUUGAGGUGUGGUUUUUCACAA